AACAUAUCGAGGCGAAAACUGUACCGAACUGUCAUCUAUAAACGAGGCGAAAAUUAAUCUGUUUUCGGUGGUUAAAUUUACGUGUGUUCUUUUUUGUAAAUAUUAGACCGUAAUACGACUUUAAUUGAGUGCUAGAGAGAUCCAAGGUCAUUAUUGAUACGAGAAGGCUGCGAUUUGGGUGCCUUUUGAGUGGAAAAUAUCAGUUUAAAGUGCAGAAAAAUUUCCCUGUGCAGCGGCCAUUUUGAGCGAAGUAAAACGUCAGCACCAGCAGUAGCAGCCGCCCGUGUAUUGUAAAUAUCUUAAACAGAGCUGCGUUAACUGGCGCCGGGAGCUUUUACGCCAUCCAAACCAAGCUUUGCCAGUAAACACCGAAAAACGUAAACAAAACAAUGGCAGACGAAGAUAUCACAUUAAACGAGGAUCAGCUUCUGGAGUCGCUGGAGGAGACGAACGGGGAUCAGGAGGCCGAACUAACCGCAGAGACCGAGGACGACGGCAACAUGCAGAUCGACCCCGAACUGGAGGCCAUUAAGGCUCGCGUCAAGGAGAUGGAGGAGGAGGCCGAGAAGAUCAAGCAGAUGCAAUCCGAGGUGGACAAACAGAUGGCAGGUGGCUCCACCACUGGCCUGGCCACGGUGCCACUGUCACUCGAGGAGAAGCAGGAGAUAGACACACGCUCCGUUUACGUGGGCAAUGUAGACUAUGGCGCCUCCGCUGAGGAGCUAGAGGCACACUUCCACGGCUGUGGCACCAUCAACCGCGUCACCAUCCUCUGCAACAAGGCUGACGGCCACCCCAAGGGCUUUGCGUAUAUCGAGUUCGGAUCCAAGGAGUUUGUCGAGACCGCCUUGGCCAUGAACGAGACACUCUUCCGGGGUCGCCAAAUCAAGGUAAUGUCAAAGCGCACAAACCGUCCUGGCCUUUCCACCACAAACCGCUUCGCCCGCGGCAGCUUCCGGGGUCGAGGAGCCCGUGUGUCCCGGUCGUGCUGUCACUCCACCUUCCGAGGCGCCCGACGCGCUAUGGGUUACCGCGGUCGCGCCAAUUACUAUGCUCCCUAUUGAUUAUUGUUUUAUUAAAACCGUAGUAAGAUUUUUUUACAAUAUUAUUUCAAAAAACAUUAUUUCAUUGCCAAACUUCUUUGCUAAA